ACACAACCAGCUGAUGGCGUUUUCGAAUCUUGCAUUCCGUGGCAAAAACAAAGUAAAUGUGAAAGAUCCUCGAUCAAAAGAUCCUGAACAGCAAGAUAUUCCCCACUUCGAAGUACUUAACACUCCCAAGCCUGAGAUGCCAAGAUGAGCAGCGCAUCGAACGCCAAGAAGUUACUCAUACGCGCCGUGGAAUGCGACCAAGUCGGACGGAUCUUGGAGGCGCAAACACUGUACACGGAGGGGAUCGCGCAGUUGAUGCAGUUCGUCAACGGGGAACCGGACGAAGCCAAGCGUAAGGGGUUCCUGAGCAGGAUCAAGGAGUACAUGGAUCGAGCGGACGCCAUAAAGGCGCGGAUCAAUGGCAAACUAAUGCUCGGCGAGGUGGUUUCCCAUGUUUCCAUCGACGAAAAUGAUACGGGUUUCGACUACGAUCAGCUCUUCGGGAAAUACAUGGACGACAAGACCGUCGAGAUUAUGCUGGAGGAACCCUACAUGACGCAGAAUUAUCAGUAUCAUAAUCUAGUAAGAUUCUUGGAGCUUGCUGCCACAAAUUGCCCAAACCUAAAGUAUUUUCGACUGAUCACUAAAGAGUACCAGGAUGCAAAGAAUCCGGAUCAGCAGGUAACAAAUCUUGGACAGAUCAAGGGUGACUUGGAGCGGCGGAACGUGACUGUCUCCAUAAAAUACGAAGACUCGCUGCACGAUCGAAAAAUUUACUUAAGCAAUGGCUACAUAAUCAAGAUUGGGCGAGGUCUGCACUUCUACAAGCCCGCCAAUCCGAUGUAUUCCAUUGGCCUGGUCAACUACAAAUUCCGAAAAUGCCUCCAAACGGAUGUGGAUAUAUGGCGCAACUCCAGCGCAGCAUCGUGAAAAGACAGACAAUAUUGUUUAGUUUUAAGAAAUGCAACUUCAUCUAGACUGGCUUUGGCCAAUUUUAUAAA